AUUUUGUUUGGUCUCCUUAUUUCAAUGUGCUUUCAAGCAAUCUGGCAUCACAUCAUCGUGCUAUACUCCAAGGAAGGAUACUGUUUUUUUUUUUGGGAAAACAAAAAUAUACCACCUGUUCUGAAUUAAUGUACAUUAUUUGAAACUUGAAGUACAAAUUAAUUUUGGGGGUGGAUAGAGCAUAGAGUAUACUGUCAGUGAGUUCGAAAAUAGGAAAACAAACAAACUAGCAACAACAAAUCGAUACUCUAUAAAAAGAAAGAAAAAGGAAGCAUAUUAAGCUAACAGCAGUUAUAUAAAUACACAAAAAGGAUACCAUUUUAUCUAUCCCUAACAACGAAAAUAUAACAGAGAGACCGGGGUAUUACCAUUAUUUACCAUAAACAAAUAAAAGAUUCCAUUAAUAAGAGACAUGGAACGUACAUCCUCGAAGGAACAAGCAGUAGCAACAACGAAAAAGUCCACUGCCGUGGGUGUUACUGGUACUGGCCGCAAAAAAUCGGGGCCCAAGUUUGAGCUAUCCGAUGCCCAGAAACAGGACAUCAAAGAAGCCUUUGAUCUAUUCGAUGUUGACUGUACCGGAUUCAUUGAAGUCAAAGAACUAAAAGUGGCCAUACGAGCUUUGGGUUUUGAACCGAAAAAAGAGGAGAUUAAACGCAUGAUAGCCGAAAUCGAUGGUAAAGAUGGAAAAAUAAGUUUUAAUGAUUUUCUGCAUUUGAUGACCAUGAAAAUGGCGGAAAAGGAUACCAAAGAAGAGAUACUUAAGGCCUUCCGUUUGUUCGACGAUGACGAUACGGGCAAGAUAUCAUUUAAAAACCUCAAGCGUGUGGCUCGCGAGCUGGGCGAAACCCUAACCGAUGAGGAAUUGCGCGAAAUGAUCGAUGAAGCGGAUCUAGAUAAUGAUGGUGAAGUGAAUCAGGAUGAAUUUUUGCGUAUCAUGAAGAAAACUAGUCUAUAUUGAAUAAAUUGUUAUACUAUAUAAUAUUAAUUAUUAUCUGCACUUAUAUAUUUAUAUAUUUUGUAAGAAUAUUUUUACGCCAAGCAAACAAGAAAUGCUUUUAUUGUAAACCAAAAACAAAAAACCAAUGUGAAAUUUAUGCAUGUAUUUUUUAACAAGCAAAGCACCACUUUUAAGGCAUAUUUUAGAAAGAAAAACCCCUGAUGAAUUUAGAUAUCAAUUAAAUAUUCUAGAAAUGAGCCAGGCGCAAUUAUUUUUAAAACAAAUCUCCAAAUAAAAAAGAAUAGACAGUAUCCAAAGCCCAGAUAGUUGAUCAAACAAAUAUUAAUCAAUACCAGUAGACGCUCAAAAUACAAAGAGCAUUGAUUAUGAAUCACAACAAGAGCUCAGCUUUUAAUUAAUGAAUAAUUGUUUUAAUAUUAUUUUCCCCAGAAAUGUUUUCUGUACAACAUAAUAGAAAGAUAAAUAAAUAAAUGCAUAUUUUCUUAUGAAAAUGAAA